ACAUACCUCUAAUUUUUCUAACUAUGGGAGUUCAAGUUGAAUCUAUUAGUCCUGGAGAUGGAUCAACCUAUCCAAAAACUGGACAAACAGUAGUUGUUCAUUAUACGGGCACCUUACAAAAUGGUACAAAAUUUGAUUCUUCGAGAGAUCGAGGAGUUCCUUUCAAAUUUCGCAUUGGAAAAGGCGAAGUUAUUAAAGGCUGGGAUGAAGGAGUAGCUCAGUUGAGUGUAGGGCAAAGAGCCAGAUUGAUUUGCUCCCCUGACUAUGCUUAUGGAUCACGAGGACAUCCUGGAAUUAUUCCUCCUAAUUCCACCCUGAUUUUUGAUGUUGAACUUCUCAAGGUGGAAUGAAUUUGGAAAAUGUUUGGGUGCGCCAGCUCUAUUCCUUAUAAUUUAUGUCUUAAAUAUAAUAGCAUAAUACAAAUCAGGUUUCGAAUAAUCUGUGUCAAUAGGUUUAAUAAAUAAUUGUAGAGAGAACAAUCAAGCUUGAAUUUAUCUGCUAGUUAUUAAUAAGAGUGAUUGUGGUU